GGGGGUAGACUCCAGGGGUAGACAGCCCCCACCUCUCCCAGAUGGCAGCUGAAUCAGCCAGGGAGCUAUAACAUACCCCUCUCAUGUUUAGCACUUACCAUAGCAGCUGUUCCCCAGAGCUAAUGUAAGAGUUGCAUGUCCUCGUGACUAGCCUGCUAGCCAAGCACAAGGGAACAUCAGCCUCUGGAAUCCAGCACCUGGAGAGGGAUGUUCUUAACCUAGCUGGGGUGUCUGGUCACAAAGGUGCAGGGCAGCUGCGAAGUCCAGUGCUGUGGGUGAGGACACACCACGGCGGUGUUGGUGCAGCUCUCCAAGGCCGAUUCCUGCACGGCAGGGAGGGGCUUUCUCCAGCCAGGCAGUUAUCUCAGGAACUGAAGGCUUUGCUCUGGGCCAGCUGCUCCCUUCCCACCACCCCAGGAAGGUUGUGGGUCCCCACAGCAGCUGACGUGUCUCUCGCCGAGGAGAGGACCAGAGCAGGGUGGCAUGGUGAGGAGAAGGCAAGCUGGUACCAUGGGCACAUCUGUCUUCCCGUGUCUCUUUGUUAUCCUGCUUACCAGAUGCUCCCCAGCAGGGUGUGCUGAAGGGAGUGACUCUGCGUCCCACAGCACAGCCAGCGCCACAGACAAACCCAUCCUGUUAAACAAGAUCCCAGAUGCUGAAGCCUUCAUCAGUGGUGCAGAGGUGGCAGUCAUUGGAUUUUUCCAGGACCCGCAGAGCCCCGAAGCGGAGAAGUUUCGCCUGGCGGCCGGACAGGUCCCGGAGGUGCCCUUCGGCCUCAGCAGCAGCGCCGCCGUGCUGUCCCACUACGGCGCCGCGGAGAACACGGUCGCGCUGUUCCGCACGGUAGACAGUGACCGGCGGGAUCUGAAUAUGAACAACAGAGAGGUUGAUACCAAGGACCUGACUCGCUUUGUUCGGAUGAAUGAGCUCCGUCUGGUGACAGAGUACAACCCUGUGACAGCAAUAGGUGUGAUGCAGAGCUCACUCCAGUUUAACCUCCUCCUGAUCACAGACAAGAUGUCUCCAAAGCACCCUGAGCGAAUGCGCAAGUUUCGGGCGGUGGCAGAGCUCUACAAGGGGAAGAUUCUCUUUAUCCUGUUAGACAGCAAUUUGAAAAGCAAUGAACGAGUAUUGUCGUACUUCCAACUGAAGAAGUCCCAGCUGCCAGCUCUGGCUAUAUUCCACACACCGGAUGAUGAGCACGAAGUGUUGACUGUGGGUGACAUCUCCACUGAGCGUGUACAGGACUUCUGUAAUCGUUUCCUACAAAGAAUGCCAAAGAAAGAAGACAAAUCUGAGGAGAAGCCCAUCAAUGAAGAGCUCUGA